AUGACUGAAAUUUUGAGUUUGUUUUUAAUAAAUUUUAAAAAAAUAUUUAAAAAUGAAGGCGAUAUUGGUGGAAAUAUGGGGCUUUUUCUUGGAAUGUCUUUAGUUUCUGUAAUUGAACUAGCAACUUUUCUUUGGAAAAUAACUUGGAUUUUUAUUUCAAAAAAGAGAAGAGAACAUAUGAUAGCAAAGAAAUGCCGAGACGAGGAGCGUGAAAAACAUUUACAAGCAACUAUGGAAUUUGCUUUACAGCAGCGUAGAUUUGCUGCAAGUAUAGGGCGAUUGGCGGCUUCCCAACAACUGCGAGCCGAAAGUAAAGGUGCCGAAAAGUUUCUUAAUUUUAUGAAAAUUAAACAGACAUUUUGA